UCGGUGGCUCGGGUUUCCACGCGUCCUCGGGCGCGCCAGCUUGCCUGCCCCGGCUCGAGCGCGCAGCUCCCCCGAGAGGCCCGGGCGGAGGGGGGCGCUCGAGAGCCGCCCUCCCGGUGGCCGGGCUUCCCAGGACCUCGGCUGGGCGGUGGUUUGUAGCCAGGCAGGCAGGCAGGCAGGCGGGCGAGCGAGCGAACCCUUAACCGUCCCGCCUGCUCCGCUGGAAGGGCGGGCACUUGUUCGCCUGCCAGCUCCGUUCUGCAAGCCCGCGGCGACGUCCCAGGACUGCUUCGGACCGUCUGCGGACCGGGGGUCCCCUCCUGUCCCGCUGAGGAGGCGCCGAAGGAGAGGAACCGCCGGACGAGGUCCCAGAAGAUGGCCAAGGCCAACAUCCCCAGACGGCUUGGGAAGGUGCUUUGGUCUGCUGUCAUUUCCAUCUGCGUCAGUCUGCAGACAACAGCAGAACAGUUGCAAGAGGCUUAUUUCUUGCCCGAAUUUGUACUUUCUCCACAAGGAAGUUUUUUAGAAGACACCACAGGAGAACAGUUCCUUACUUACCACUUUGAUGAUCAGACUUCAAGAAUCACCCAGCCAAGUGAAGAUAAAGAAGGUGGUUGGGAUGCCUGGGGAGCGUGGAGUGAUUGCUCACGGACCUGUGGAGGAGGUGCCUCCUAUUCACUACGGAGAUGUUUAAAUGGCAGAAACUGUGAAGGCAGAAAUAUCCGCUAUAAAACCUGCAGCAAUCAUAACUGUCUUGCAGAUUCUGGUGACUUCCGUGCCCAGCAAUGCUCAGCCUACAAUGAUGUCAAGUACCAAGGACACUUUUAUGAAUGGAUCCCCGUCUUUGAUGACUCCAGUUCUCCAUGUGCCUUGAAGUGCCAAGCGCUAGGGAGACCUUUGACCAUAGAGUUUGCUCCCAAAGUUCUGGAUGGCACCCGCUGCAAUGCCAAGUCCUUGGAUAUGUGCAUCGGUGGAAUAUGUCAGGCCGUGGGCUGUGAUCGACAGCUUGGGAGUCACGCCAAAGAAGACAACUGUGGCAUCUGCUCAGGUGAUGGUUCCACCUGCCGGCUGGUGAGGGGGCAGACUAAGACACAUCUUUCCUCAGAAAAAAGGGAGGAAACCAUGAUUGCUGUUCCACAUGGAAGUCGCAGUGCAAGAAUUACUAUAAAAGGACCAGCACAACUCGUGAUUGAAUCAAAGACACUGCAGGGAGAUACCGGAGAACACGGUUUUAAUGCCCCUGGAAUGUACAUCAUUGAAAACACAACGGUUGAAUUUCAGAAGAGCCCAGAGAGAGAAACAAUAAAAAUCCCAGGGCCUCUUGGAGCAGAUUUCAUUAUCAAGGCCAGAUAUACUGCUGCCAAAGAUAGCCUGGUUCAGUUCUUCUUCUAUCAACCCAUAAGUCACCAAUGGAGACAGACCGAAUUCUUCCCUUGCACGGUGACCUGUGGAGGAGGUUAUCAGCUGAACUCGGUAGAAUGUGUGGAUAUCCGUUCCAAGCGAGUGGUGCCAGAUCAGUAUUGCCAUUAUUAUCCUGAAAACAAGAAGCCCAAACCAAAGCUGAAAGAAUGUAACAUGGAUCCCUGCCCUUCAAGUGAUGGAUUUAAGGAAAUCAUGCCCUAUGAUCAUUUCCAGCCACUUCCCCGCUGGGAGCACAAUCCUUGGACCACUUGCUCGGUUUCAUGUGGAGGAGGAAUUCAGAGGAGAAGCUUUGUCUGUGUGGAAGAGACCAUGCAUGGGGAGAUAUUGCAAGUAGACGAAUGGAAAUGUAUGUAUGCUCCUAAACCCAGGGUCAUGCAAGCUUGCAACCUAUACGAUUGCCCUAAGUGGAUAGCUCUGGAGUGGUCACAGUGCACCGUGACCUGUGGCCAAGGGUUACGCUACCGAGUGGUUCUGUGUAUUGAUCACCGUGGACAGCAUACUGGUGGUUGUAAUCCUCAGUUAAAACUCCACAUAAAAGAAGAGUGUCUAGUGCCAGUCCCUUGUCAUAAACCCAAAGAGAAAAGCCCCAUUGAAGCCAGAUUGCCUUGGUUCAAGCAAGCCCAUGAAAUGGAAGAGACUAGGAUUGUGUCUGAAGAACCCAUGUUUGUCCCCGAGCCUUGGUCCCCUUGCAGUGCCUCUUGCGGCCAUGGUACUCAGAGGCGUGAUGUCAAGUGCCACAUUUAUCUUGCGUUUACUCAGGCUGAGGUGGAGCUGCCUGACGAGGAAUGUGAAGGACCCAAACCACUGACCGAGCGGAGUUGCCGGCUGGAACCGUGUGAUGCGGAUCCUGUCCUAUACACCCUGCCUUUCCUACCCUCCGAAGAGGCUGGUAAAGUUUUUUAUGACUGGGAAUACAUCGGCUUUACUCCCUGCUCAGCAACAUGCAACGGAGGGACUCAAGACGCCAUUGCUGUCUGCUUACACGAAGAGACAAAACAAGCUGUCAAUGAUAGCCUGUGUGACAGUUCAAAGAGACCUCCACCAAUGAGCCUUGCGUGCAAUGCAAGGCUUUGCCCCCCAAGAUGGCAAGUAGGACCUUGGACACAAUGUACUGCCACCUGUGGCGUUGGAAUCCAGACCAGACAGGUGCAUUGCCAGCAACCUGGAGGGUCUGUGGUUGGAUCUGAAAGCUGCAAAGACCUGAAGCCUCAUUCCUUACAAGCAUGCAACCAGCUUGACUGUCCCCCACUUUGGCAUGUUGAAGAAUGGCAAGAGUGCUCCCAGACUUGUGGUGGUGGCACCCAGAAUCGCAAGGUGACCUGCCAGCAGCUGUUGAUGGAUGGAAGCUUUCUGAAACUUGGUCAUGAGAAGUGCCCUCAACCUAGACUGGCCAGUUCCAGAGCCUGUGCAAAAAUAGACUGCCCUCCUCAGUUGGUGGUGGGACCGUGGUCUAGGUGCUCUGUAAGCUGUGGGGUUGGCACACAAAGAAGGAAAGCCACCUGCCAAAAGCUCACGGCCAGAGGCCAACAUCUGGCAUUAAAUGGAUCCCUGUGUAGCAGCUUUCCAGCAUCCCAGCUUGUCAAGCCUUGCCACAGGAAUGCCUGCCGAAAUCUAAAAGAAGAAAAGAAAUCCAGACUUUUUAACAAGCCACAGAUACUGGGUAUCCAUAAAGUCUAUAUUCAGACAAGACAAGAGAAACGCAUUAAUUUCACUGUGGGGAGCAGAGCUUAUUUACUUCCCAAAACAUCUGUCAUCGUCAGGUGUCCUGUUCGGAGAUUCCAGAAGAUGCUUAUUCGGUGGGAGAAAGAUGGGCAGCCUCUCCAGAUUUCUAAACAUCUUGGUGUCACCAAAUCAGGAUCUCUCAAGAUCAAUAAUCUUGAAGCUUCAGACACUGGAGCGUAUAAGUGCAUUGCAGGAUCUGCCCAGGAGAUCUUUGUUCUUAAGCUCAUUGGCACAAGCAACAAACUACUGGAAUCUGCCACCACCCAAAAAGAAGCAAAAUGGCACCAAAUAAAUCAGAUCUGGCAGUUGUGGAGCCAGAAAAGUCAGCGGUAUCUGCGUGAUGAACAAGUGAACGACCAGCCUGCUUCAGAACAUCUUAAAACUCAGAGGAGAAAUUCAGAAGGAGGACACCACGCUCAUGGAUUCACAGCCGAGCAACUCAAAACGGUGGCUUCGCCUAAUGCUUACAGUAUGGAUACAGACCGUUUUGAUGAGCUGAUAAAAAAUCUCAGCCAUCUCAUUGAAGCUGGAGAAAUUAGCAAUGAUUUGGCUUCCCAGUUUGUCUAUCAGUUGAUUGCUGAGUUAGUGAAGCCAUCGCAGUCUGCUCCCGGCAAAGGAGAAGAGUCUGCAAAUGAGAAACUUGACAAAUCACAAAGAGUGACGGAUAAUCUCAGCACAAAAACUGUAGGCGCCCCAAUAGUGAGAAAUUCAAAAGGAGCCAUUAUGGUCAAGCCACAGGAGGUUUGUUCAAACGAAACUGUAACUCUGCAAAUUGGGGGCACCUUUUUGUUAACCAAGAAUGUCAGCAUAAUAAAUUUGCUCUGUGCAAUUGCUGGAGUUAGCAACCUAAAAUAUACUUGGACCAAAGAUGGAGUGCCAUUAAAGCCUGCUGAGAAGGUGACUUUUGAAGCCAAUGGCAAAGUCCAGAUUGUGAACCCUACUGAGAAAGAAAUGGGGGUAUAUCGCUGCACAGUGGACAAUGAACUUUUUCAAGACAUGGCGCUGUUUUACGCAGAAGCUCCUGCUAUAUUGUCUUCUGAGAAAAAUAUUGCCAGUUUUGAGCUUCAGAAUCUGUCUGCCUCGGUUGGAGGCACAAUCCUAGCAAGAACAGGGGCGAAUAUUCUGCUGGAAUGUCCAGUCAAAGGUAUUCCCCAGCCUGAGGUCCUGUGGUUCAAAAAUGAGAGCUCUUCAAGAAGUUCUGCUUUCCCAAUGGCUAACAGUUCCUUCUUGUUCCUGGGCAAUGUUUCGGGCAAAGACACUGGAAUUUACACUUGUGUGGCUACCAGUGUUGUGGGUCAUGCCACAGCAGCCACUGUUCUUAAAUUGGCUGGGCAAAGAUUCCAGAAACCAUAUAACGGAUCAUCCACGAAGAGUAAAAGAAAACGUGUUUUCAUGGCAUCUGGAAUUGGCACUAACGUUACAGUGGCUGCUGGUGAUACAUUACGAAUAGGUUGUCCUAUCUAUCCUAGCGCAAAUAACACAAUCCGCUGGUUUGUCAGAAACCAAUCCAUAGAAGGGGCUUCAGACUUCAAGCACAAGACCCUGGUUGGGGGACGCAUCCUUGAAUUCAUCGUUGCCUCUGACCAGCUUGCUGGACAAUACAAGUGCUGGGCUUCAUCCCUUGUCAAGCCAUUGUCUGUCUGGGUAAAUGUCAAGAAGGAAGAAUAUCGAUGGAAGCUUAGCGAGCAGAGUCCAUGCUCAACAACUUGUGGAAAUUCAGGAAGUCGCUUUCAAAAAUUUGUAUGCGUGAAUACGAGGGAUCAAAAUGUGAACACAUCACUAUGCAAGGACCAUCAAAAGCCAGUCAUGAAGAAGCCGCGCUCCUGCAAAAUUCAAGAUUGUCCUGCAAGUUGGGCAACAACAGCUUGGUCUGAAUGCUCUGCUUCCUGCGGCCAUGGAUUUCACCGCCGGCGAAUAGCCUGCAAGCAAGUCAAAGCCAGCCUCCGUGUCCUAACAUUGUCUCCGGACGCUUGUGCAGACCAAGAGCGUCCUUUGGAAAUGAAACCUUGUGUGGGCCACUUUUGUGCCAAAUGGAUUGUUCAUCCCUGGGGCCAAUGCACUGGACGUUGCAUAAAUCUCAGAGUGGGCUUACAACACCGUCGCAUUCAGUGUCAGCAUCAGAAUGGAUCAGCAGUACUGAAUUCACUCUGUGAUAGUACGAAAAGGCCUUCCAUGAGAAGAAACUGUUCUUCAGAAAGUUGUGAUGUAUAUUGGCGAACAGGUCCCUGGCAUCCGUGCCCUGUAGACUGCGGAAGUGGCUUCCAGUCACGACAGGUCAGCUGUGUACACAGGAAAAAGAAGAGAUUGGUGGCCAAUCAGUUCUGUGCAUGGAAGAAGAGACCCACUACCUGGAAACACUGCAACGUCACUUCUUGUGACAAUAUGUAAAAACACUGUACAUCCAUUUCUCACCUUGCCAGUUGCUUGUGGCAAAUGGCGUUUAGAACGUGGUGUGUGGCUGAACUUUAGCUGCAGAAGGAACUUGAUCAAUCCAUGUCCUGCUCAAUGGUGCCUGAGUGACUUUGCCCAGUCAGCAGUAAAGAGGAAAACAGCCAAAGAACCCCCAAGUUAGCUUCAAAUUAUGCCAUGGAUUGGAUCAAUAAAUAUUAAUGGUUCUUGUGAGUGAAUGAGCCUCCAGGAAAUCUACACAGUAAAUCCACGGUAGUUUUGAAAAAAGACACGCAAAGCAAAAAGAGAGAGGGGAUGUUGACGUUUUAUUUCGGUCUUACACCUGUUUUCGCCAGACAUGAGAUAGCAGGACUUCAGCAUCCAAGAGCCAUCUAUUGUGAUGACAUAAUUUUUCCUUUUUGUCACAUUUCCAUAUAUUUUUCAGAAGGCAACUGUAAGGAUACCACACAUUACUGCACAUUUGUAAAGCAUCUAAAAUUAUGCUUAGUAGACCUCUACAAGCAAAGGUGCUGUCAAACAUGUGGAGAAGGUUAGUCUUUUAUGGGAAGUGAUAAAUGGUGCAUCAUCGAUGGGAGAGUUUUCAUUUAGCUUGGUUUGUUCUGUAGGACACCGAAGACUAUCAACAGUCAAGACAUGGGCUUGCUGAAUUGACCAUAUGAAUUCAUAGAUUGGGACAAAAUGUUUUCUCUUCCUGAUUCCUCCUGUGCUCCCUUUUAUGCCUUUUACAAUAACUUUAAAGGUUAUUUUCUUUUUUCUUUUUAAAAAAGAAAUCAUUAUGGGUCCGCUGAGUAUACUACUUGAAAGCACCUUUCCUAAUCUGGUGUCCUUCAGAUGUGAUGAAAUUGCAACACUGACUUUGCAGCCUUCGUGAACAAGAAAGCUGCCUGCAGCCUUACAGAACAACUUCUACGAUGAGACAAUGGGAAUUUAUUGGAUUUAACUAAUGCUACUGACAGUACAAAUACAACUGAAGAUUAGUGAAUUUAAAAUAUACUGGAAUCAGCAGUCGGACUGCUUUGCUUGUCACCUUCUUGAUUUAAUCCAUUUUAAGACAAUUUUCAGAAAAUAUAGAAAAAAUACUGUUAUUUUUUUUUCCCCUACUAUUGUUUCUACUUCAUUUUUAGGGCAAAACCACAUUGUCUGAGACUUCAUUUCUUUAGCUUCAGAUGAAUCACAAGUUCAUUCCUUUAAGUAUUUUCAGUAAAAAGUGAUCUACAUGAUGUUACAAUUUGCAAACUUGCCAUGGAAUUGUUUUUGAUUAAUACAGUGUAAUUUUAGGAAGACAGAUCACAUCUUUCAAUCUCUCUGGAAUCUGAUCAAGGCAGGGAGCAUCAUUAGCCUGGUAUGAAAUUGGAUUUGAGGUUUCGACACUGGAGCUCAGAAUUUAAAUGUUUCCAUUUGAAUUUGAAGUUUGAGAACUGUUUUGUUUUGUUUUGUUUUUGUCAGAAGAGAACUCAGAGCAGAUCCUCAGCCAAAAAUCUACGCUGCUUCUGAAGAAAUUCUGUUUAUUUUACAUUUUUACACUUUACAUUUGAAAGAGGGUGAAAAACCCAGAUCUUUUACACUUUGAGACACAGGUAUGUUCAGGGUCAGUUCAGCUGAUUUUCAUCCAUUUUGAUCAUUAUGCAUUUGGGAAUAUGCCUGCGAGUCAAAUACUUCAAAUAACAUUUUGCUCCUAUGCAGAUUUGUGCAAAAAAUAAUAAAAAUCUCAGUUUUAACUGUCAGAUAACAUACAUUAUGAGGAACAUAAAUGAAUGUGGCUCCAUACAAUUCUGGCCGGGUGUUGAAAAAGCUAGAGAAAUGAGCAAGUGAAAUGGUUUGAAAUGUUUCCUAUAUAUGACUCCUGAAGUUCUUUAGAAUAACAGAAAAGAUAACAUAAUUUGCGCUUGGUGAAAAUGGAACCAAGUGGAUUGAACCAAAUGUUCAGUUGUCAUAAGAGAAACCAGGGAAGUUAAUUGACACAGAGCUUAGCAUAGACCAAAAUAUAUGCUAUACAUGCUUGUUAUGCCUCAAAAUAAAGUGGAAGACAUUAACUUGACUAACUCAGAAGCCCUCGGAUGGCUGGGGAAGCCAUCUUCUUGACUGGAAAGCAAUAUAAACAUGGAUGAAACCAUAAUUAGAUAGGAAUCUGCCUUCUAGCAAGUCAUUGAUCUGUCUCAUUGGUGGCAGCAUUUCAGAUUUUUAAACUGGGAGUUUUCCUAUCUUUACCUGGAGAUGCUGGGGUCGAACCUGGAAUCUUCUACUUACAAAGCAUGUACAGCUCUUAAGAUUAUUGGAGUCCAUUGUCUAUCAAUGGCUACUAGCUCUCAAAGCAGCGUGGAAAUGUCAUUUUCAGACAAUAUCACAGGUGUGCUUUAUCUUCACGCCCUGCUUGUAGUUUUUCCAAGUUUAUUUGACUACUGUUUAAAAACUAUGCAAGACUACCUGAAACUUGGCCUUAUCCAUUGAGUCAAGGAUAUUCUAUAUACCAUUCUUCUCUUUUGCUUUUGUUUUGUUUUCAUUUGUAACUCCUGAGUUCUUGCAUAAACUUCAAAAGUUGCUUUUUCUUGAACUGAACCCUCUGACGAAGGACAGAAAAGUUAACGCCUGAGUUUUGGGUUUCUGUCCCAAAUAUAUUUCCAAAGAGAACCAAAUCGUGGUUUAGCCUUACUAACAGCUAAACUACUGCUACCGUAUAAAAGGGGUUGAAUGAAGGAACGGUAUUCUUGGCUGAAUGACCCAAAAUGAUCAAACUGAAGUCGAGCAACUGGGCCGAUUGCAGUAAAAUCAAAGAAUAUUUUUUUUCUUUUCAUAGCCAAGUGAAAUUACAUGUUUGAAUGUUCCCCAUGGAGAUAGAAAGAACUCCACGGAAGCUCAAAAAGAUGAUGUCUGGGCAAACUCAGGCUGAGUCCUACUUCUCAGUAUUCUAGGAUAAGGAACACCUACUGAGAAAUAAAGGCCUACUUGCAAAAUUAAAGAUUGUAGUAGGAAAAAACUUUAGCAUUUGAUUUUGCAUGAAUACAAGUGCUUCUUUCCAGAGUCAUUUAGUGCUAACAUGGAAAGCAGAAUCAGAACCUUUGAUCUCAUGGAAUUCAGUGGACUUUAAACUUUUGCUGUUAUCAGGGCCUUAAAUUUUAAAGCAAUCCUUGUCUUUUUGAUCACACCCCUUCUUUAAGUUAAGAUAACCUGUAAAUACUUUUGUAUAUAUUUAUUAUCUGGUUUAAAAGUGCAAUAUUUUUGUAUAGUGUGUAAUAAAGAUUUUGGAUCCUAGUUUUUCUUAUUA